CAGAGUUGUCAUGCAGAUUUCCAGUCACAGGAAGAUUUGUAAUGCGCAUCCCCAUGAGAGGCGUUUCCAAUCGUGUUUUGGACUUUGUAAUGCUCUAAACAGGAUGAGUAGAUGGAUUUGCGUUGCGGCUGUCGUUGCUAACCUGCACUACAAUACAGAGACGAACUUCUCAUGCUUGACUGCCAAAACUUCUCGAUUUGUGUUGCGGGGUCCCGAUCUUGACUCUGGGGUGGGGACGUUUUUGCUCGGGAUAUUUCUCGGAUGGUUGUUCAUGUACCUACAGCACGCGGAGAAAGGGGCCUAUCAAAUGUAAAAAUGUCUGGGUCUGGAAGAAUGCAUGUUUGUCAUGCUAAAUCUGGAUCAUGCAACAAUCUGUGUUGCAUGAGUACCAAAAGCCGUGCAUUUUUGACCAAGGUGAAAAGGAGUUUCUCAUGCAGGAUAGGCAUGAUAGAGCUCUCGCAGAAUCUGUCAUGCUAGGCCCUGCAUUCCAGACCUCAUGGGGCAUGGAAAACCUGCAUUACAAAUCGCGUAUUCUUCCAGACCCAGACAUUUUUACAGUUGAUAGGGCCAGCCACUUCGCAAAAGACUCACCGUGGUGGCAUCAGGUAUAGUAGAGCUGCGUCUACUGUGUUCGUGUUGCAGAACGUGCAACCAUUUUGGAUUUUCUCAUCAUGUUGAGCGAACUCCUUACUGCAGUAAGACAGCCAUGAUGGUUUCAUCUCUUUGCCACAAAAAUGAAUCCAAAGAUGAUUUCAACAAAUUCAUCAAAAACUACCUUUGUGUUUGUUUACUAUCAGGUCCACGUCUACCUGGGUUAUUCCCUGCUAAUCUGCUGGUUGAUCCAGAUCGCCGGUUAUCAAAUGCAAAAAUGUCUGGGUCUGGAAGAAUGCAGACUUGCCAUGCAUAUUUUCCAUGCCCCAUGAGGUCUGCAAUGCAGGACCUAGCACGACAGGUUCUGCGAACUCUCCAUCAUGUCUAUCCUGCAUGAGACACUGCCGCUAAGCUUGUUCAGAAGUGGACACUUCUUGGUAAUCACGCAACACAAAUAAUUGCACUACCCAGACUUAGCAUGACAAGUUGCAUCCUUCCAGACCCAGACACAUUUGCACUUGAUGCCGGUGGGGUUCUCAAGUACACGUCCUUGCCAAAACGAGGGGUGGUGAAGUGGCACGGUAUCCUCGCACAGGUCAUGUUUGCGCUGAAACAGCCCCAGUUUAUCAUCGCGGCGGUCAUGUCGCUCUGGACGGGCUCACAAGUCCACCCGGACUCCGGUCACUACUCCGAGGUGCUGUUUUCGUUCCUCUUCAUUGGCAUGUACGCAGCUGUGAUGGGCGCGUUCUACUUAUUGUGAGGAAAAAUCUCCCGUCUCCAUACGAUCGACAAGGCACGCUUCUGAAAAUUUAUGUUGCUGACUUGUGGCCACAAAUCGCAUCUGUUUUGCAAGACGGCAACUCCACAAGCAGCUCCGCCGCAUUGCUCACGCGGCUUGUGAUGCUGUUGGGGCUACAGCACAGACGUUUUUUUCAUGCCAAGUUAGUACCUAGCCCACAUCCUCUCUCGCUAAGCUCCGUAUGGGCCUGCCUUCCUCUCCAGGGCAAGACAGAUUUGACUUGUGUACGCAGAUCCAGCAUCAGAGCCUUCGUUUUGAUAUGGGGAGACGGGAUUUUUCCUUUCGAUAUUACUACGCGGGGGAGAGGAUAUACGGGGACGCAGAUCAAGAUGAAACGGGAAGUUUAAACUCGAAAACCGGAGCGGCGGAUUCUGAUGCGGGGGAAAGAGAUGCGUACGCAUUGCAAAAAUGUCUGGGGCUUGAAGAUGAAUGUAGGACUUGUCAUGCUUGUCUGGAAUGACUCUUAGAUCUGUGAUGCAUAAGCAGGAUCGGGGCCUGCGCUUGGUGCCUGUCAUGCAAAAACGCAGCUUGUCAUGCGAAAAACGAAACACAUGGCAGUGCAAAAACUUGUCAUGCUUGGCUGCAUAUUGUAGUGCGCCCACCAUUUUUCAGAGACUUGCAUCACAAUUUUCCAGACCCAGGCAUAUUUGCAUUUGAUAAUGCGGAGGGGAGACCAAUACUUUCUUCGCCAAUCGGCGGCGGUGGUGGCAGUACUUCUUCGCCCGGGAGGAUAUAGUGUCCGACUCGUCUUCUACUUUCGGCUAGUAGAUCUUACCGCCGUUGUUCGCAAAAACAAAUACUUCCUUGUACUCAGUCAAAUACGAGCAGUUGCAGAAGGCAGGAGCAGCACGGUCGACAAGAUAUCAAAUGCAAAAAUGUCUGGGUCUGGAAGAAUGCAAGAUUUGCCAUGCUUGUCUGGCCUGACUCUUAAAACUGUCAUGCACGUUACCCAAGAGCUCCGCUUUUCUGUGAUGCAGAAGCGCAGCCUGUCAUGCAGAAUAGGCAACACCUAGGAGCUCAGAAACUUGUCAAGUCAUGCUGAGCCAGCAUUUGUAGCCUCAUCAUGAGGCGCCACCCAGCAUCACAAGUUCCCAGACCCAGACACUUUUACAUUUGAUACAAGAACACCAAGACCAACAUCUUCCUAGAACAAACGUGAGGUGACAAAAACUGCGGGAGCGGAACCGGAGCAUUGCUUCUGCGACCCGGUUAUGAGGGAUGUGGAGGAUGUUGCCCGCGUUAGCGCUUUCGAAAAUAACAUAGAAGUCUCUUGAACUUGCUUUGAGAAGGGCAGAACGAGCACGGUGGUGCUGGGCAUAUUAAACAGCCUUCUUUCAUCAUCAUUCAACGCGCAAGAUGGCCGUCUUGUACUUUUACAUCGACUUAAACGCAAAGCAAUCUUGUUCUAGUCCUACCGAGGAUGCAGCCCGUCUGUGGCGGGCAGGCGCACGCUCGUUGUAAAUUGAGAUUGAUAAGCAACUUCGCGAUAAUCAGGCACUGCAAAAGUCGUGCAAGCCGCCAAGGGGGCACCGGCACCUUGGCUUGGG